UCUUCCCCGACCGGCCGUUCCAUAUUUUAUUCGCACUCGCGCCCCGUCUCCAACACCUUAGCUGCCGCAGUGCCGCACCACACCAACACCGCACUCCAACGCCACCGUCUCCCCGUCCCCGUCGCUUUCGUCCGUCAUCGGCGCCUCCCCUUCCCCCGCACGGAACCCUAUCGGCGCUAUAAGGCAGCCCGUCGCGCCAUGGCACCCGCAUCACUCUCCGCCCCCCACGCCCUCUCCCUCCUCGCGCCCCCGCGCGCUUCUUCCGUCGGAAAGAGUAGAGGCGGCCUGUCGGUGGUGCCGGUAGGGGUCCGCCCGGUCCCGGCGGUGUCGGUUGCCGCCGUGGGGACGCGGAGGAGGCUGGUCGCGGCGGCGGCGGCGACGGAGAUGGCACCGGCGGCCAGCGGGGAGGAGGGGAAGGCGUUCGUGGAGGAGAUGCGGGCGGUGGCGAUGCGGCUGCACACCAAGGACCAGGCCAGAGAGGGGGAGAAGGAGCCCCAGGCGCCUCCCGUCGCCAAGUGGGAGCCAUCCGUCGAUGGGUACCUUCGCUUCCUCGUCGACAGCAGGCUCGUCUUCCAGAAGCUCGAGGCCGUCGUCGACCGCGCCUCCGUCCCCUGGUAUGCUGAGUUCCGGAAUACUAGGUUGGAGAGAUCAGAGGCACUCGAGAAGGAUCUGGAAUGGUUCAGGCAACAGGGUCACACAAUUCCAGAACCAUCAGCUCCUGGCACUACAUAUGCCUCCUAUCUGGAAGAGCUGUCUGAGAAGGACCCCCAGGCAUUUAUCUGCCAUUUCUAUAAUGUGUACUUUGCUCAUACUGCUGGAGGCCGAAUGAUUGGCAAAAAGGUUGCCGAGAAGAUUCUGAACAAGAAAGAGCUGGAGUUCUACAAGUGGGAGGGUAACCUGUCCCAGUUGCUGCAGAACGUUCGCAACAAGCUUAACCAAGUCGCUUCUAGCUGGUCACGGGAAGAGAAGGACCACUGCCUGGAGGAGACGGAGAAGUCGUUCGCGUAUUCAGGCGAUCUCCUCCGCCAUAUAUUCACCUGAUCUAACAUCGUUGUCUGAUCGCUGGAAAUUCAUAAUCCAUGGCUGUCUGUUAAGACUCUUAGUAAGCUGGGGAGGGACCUAAGUGUCAAAUAAACCAUUUGUUGGUGCAAAAAAUAUGGAUCAUCGUGACAACACAAGAGCACCUCGUGUGCAAUCUACAGCAGCACGUGUAGGGUGUAAAAUAGCGAGAGUAACUAUUGUGUUUACAUGGUAACGAUCGAUCAAUUUACGAACAGACUGAUAAAGGAUAAUUAAUUCGGUGAGUAGUACUGGGAAACUCAA